UUGUUGACCAGAUCUCAAGAAACCCAACAAUGAUCCUUCAUCAUCAUCAUCAUCAUCAUUCCUUCAUUCCCUUAUUUCUCUUCAACAAAACAAACUUGCUUUAAACUCAAACCUCAACCACUCAACAAUCAUCUAAUUUUUCACCACCGUCGUCGUGGCCAUUACACAAAAUAAGCCCUGAAUUCCCCAUUAAUGGAGCUGUUCAACAAACUCUAACAUUCCCUAGCUGAUCUCUUCUUAUAACUCCUUCCUCUCCUUAAUUCUCACCUCGUCUUCCUUCCUUCUGAUGGGAAACGUCACCUCCGUCGUCUCCGGUGUCGGGAAAGUUGUUCUCUCCAACGGUUCCAUUCAAGAAUUCAAUGAGCCGUUCACAGUGGCUGAGUUGAUGCUUGAACAUCCACGUCAAGUUGUCGUCGAGAUUUCCAAAAGUACCGUCGUAGGAAAACGACCGACUCCAUUGCCAGCGGAUGAAAAACUCAACUCGAACAAGGUCUAUAUGAUGCUACCCAUAAGAGGAGGCAAGCCAGCAUCACUGUCGUCGGAAGACAUCCGUCGUGUUCUUCUAUGUGCGAACUCAGCCUUACGGUCUCGCUCUCUCCUCCUUUCAUCUUCUAAGGUUCUCCCUUGGUUUGCAAGGGCAUGCACGGCAACCACGACGGUGACAACAACGACAACGAGAGAGUACCGAGCGGAGAUUAAAAAGGAAUUAGAUGUUGUGAAGAUGGAAGGAGAGGAAGUUGGAUGGGAAACGGCGGAGGGGAGGCCGGAGUAUUUGAGCAGACAGUUAUCGGGCAGAGGUUGGAAGCCAAGUUUGGAUACAAUUAAGGAGAAGAAAAUUGAGAAGAAACUUUCUCAUUGGUUGUUCAACUUUUGAUAAGGUUUUUGGGAAGGCAUUAUGUCACAUAUUGUGCAUUAUUAUUAUUAAGGUGGUUUCUAUAUGAUGAAUAUAUUUGAAAAGAGAAAUAGAGUUGAUAUUAAUGUUACAUAGGUGUUUUUUUUAAUGUUGAUAUUAUAUUGUUGGUAGUGUGUAUGGGGUUGGAGAACUAAAUCUUUGACUUUGAAGUGUUGAUAGUACAAUGGUUGUAUCAAUUGAGUAUUGCUCACUUGACGUGUUUAUAUUGUUUGUGAGAAGGAUUGAUCGAUAUAAAAAAAAUUAAACUUGAACAAAA